GCGCCCGCGGGGAAGGCCAGGGCGGCCGCGGCCGCCGCCUGCCCGCGGCCGCCCAGUCGCAGGUCGCCGGCGCGAGCAGGCCGCGGGCCGGCGGCGGCCGGCGAGCCGGCCGGGGCGAGGGACAAGCCGCGAGCCGCCAGCGCCGCGGAGGUCGCGGAGCGUUGCCGCCGCAUCGCCGCGGACGCGGGCGAGAGCUCCUCGGACGCCGUUGAGCUCGUGGCUCCCGCUCCCAGGAGUCGAGCCGAGGAGGCGCGAGCUGUGGCCAGGCUCCACAACGACGCCCUCCGGGCCGAGCUCGAGAAGAGGAGGGCGCGAGAGGCGAGGAAGCACGAGAAGAAAGAGAAGAAGAAGCUGGAGAAGAAGGCGAAGAAGGCUUCCAAGAAGGAAAAGAAGCGAGAGAAGAAGCUGGCAAAGAAAGAGAAAGCGAGGUUGAAGAUCCUCGCCUGA